AUGGCGUCUACCGCCCCUCCUCGGCCUCGCGCCCGCCCAGCACACACACAGGGCGUCACUCGCUGCGCCUACACACCAAACGGCUCGAAGCUCGUGACCGUCGGCUCAAACAACACGAUCCGUCUGUACAAGACCGGCUUUGACGGCGAGCCCACCAAUAUCGACGACUGCCAGGAGCAGAACACGGCCCUUGCCAGUCGUGACGACUACUUCAUAGUCGGGUCCGAGGAUGGCACAGUCAGCUUGUAUUCGAUUUCCGACGCCACAUUCGACAAAUUUCUCCUGCGAAGCUCCCUCCCUAUCCGCGAUGUGGCGGUGUCUCCAGAUGCGAAGUGGUGUGCGGUGGCCAGCGACGAGCUCACUGUCAAGCUCGUGCGCACCGACGACAACAGCCAGAUCCGCCACCUCAACGAGCACAACAAGCCAACAAAGCACUUGGCUUUCGACCCCUCCGGCUCGACCAUAGCGCUCGCGUGCAGCGACGGAAUCAUCUAUGUCUACUCGCUCAGCUCAGAGCAGCCGGAGCUAAUUCGCCGGGUUGAUGGUGUGAUCGGACCCAUAGACACAGAGUCCGACGUCAGCUCGAGGGUUGCGUGGCACCCAGACGGGCGAGCCUUCGCCGUGCCAACGCCAACCAGGGAUAUACAAGUCGUGUCAAAGGGUGAUUGGGAGAAGCAGAGACUCUUCUCGGGCGGUCACCUGGGUGACAUUACGGCGCUGGAGUGGUCGCCCAACGGUGCGCUGCUGGCAUCGGCAGGCAAGGACAAGAAGAUUGUGCUGUGGGAGACAAAGACUCAGACGAUCCUUGCGAAGCUGGAUUUCGCCAACGUCAUUGACAUCUGCUGGCAUCCUAGCGAGAACCUGGUGUCGUUCACAAACUCGGACGGCGAGGUUUACAUUCAUCCAGAACUUGUGCCUGAACAACAUUCACCUCUACUCAAAUUGAGUCGGCAGCCUGCUCCAUUUAUUCACGACCCUCAGACGGAGCUCACAACCAAUUUGAGACGGCCGGAGGCCAAUGGCGUGCAUGCCGGUGCCCCUCGCCGCCGCAGAGAUUCUGUGGACAGUUAUGAUUCCCUCCUGGACGGGCCCCUUCCUGAAGAUGAAGACUUUGUGGAGGACGAUGACGGCGCCGGGUACGUCAUUAAUGGUAAUGGCAAGCGAAUUCCCGGCCCAGGCAAUGCCGUGGGCAGCACGAAUUAUAAGCGGAGACAUAUUGAGCCUCAGUACCAUGAGGCGUUCCAGCCAGGCUCAACGCCUUGGCGCGGAAACCGAAAGUAUUUGUGCCUGAACCUCAUCGGUUUCGUGUGGACUGUCGACCAAGAUGGACAUCACACAGUCACAGUGGAGUUCUAUGAUCAUGAGUUCCACAGGGAUUUCCAUUUUACGGAUACGUUCUUGUACGACAAGGCCUGUCUCACGGACAAGGGCUGCUUGUUCUCAUGCCCUCCAACGGACGACACCCCGGCGACAAUAUUUUACCGGCCUCACGAGACAUGGACUCAUCGCACUGACUGGCGGACGCAGCUGCCCAAGGGCGAGGCUGUGCUAGCCAUGUCGCUUAGUGACUCUUUUGUCACAGUAACCACCACAGCCAACUAUGUGCGUGUCUACACCCUGCACGGGGUCCCUUACAGGGUUUAUCGCCCCAAGAGCGCCCCAAUGGUCACCUGCGCCAGCUGGAGAGACUAUGUCAUGACUAUUGGUAACGGUUCUGUCGGUGCAGAUGGAUUCACCCGGUUACAGUAUACUAUACAGAACCUGAAAAGGGACGAGAUCUGCCAGAAUGAGGAUAUCGUGGCGCUUCCGGAAGGGGCUACACUCAAGAGUGUCUUUUUCUCAGACAAUGGCGAUCCAUGCAUCUACGACUCCACGGGCACACUAUUAACUUUGUUGCACUGGCGCCAACCAUCAAAAGCUUCUUGGAUACCUCUGCUCGACACCACGCUCCUUCCUCGCCUUGCAUCUGGACGAAAGCACGAGUCAUAUUAUCCGAUUGCUGUUGCGGAUGGUAGAUUCCACUGCAUCAUCCUCAAGGGCGGAGACCAGUACCCAUACUUCCCCCGGCCAUUGCUGUCCGAGUUCGACUUCUCUAUCCCGUUGACAUCUGAACCUCCGAAGACCAAAAGCCAGAAUGAUGAUGCCAUGGAAGAUGAAGCAGACGAAGCUUCCUCUGAAAUUCGCAAGCUUGAGCAGCAGUACCUCCUUAAGGAUAUCGCAGCUGCUCAGCUGCAAGAUCUGAUUGACUCGAGUGGAGGUGCACAUGCGCAAAGGUCAAGUCUGGCUCGUCUGGAGCUGGAUAUCGACAAGACGCUGCUUCAGUAUCUCGCCAUUGAGUGUCGCGAGGGCGAGGAGCGUGGCAUGCGGGCCCUCGAGUUGGUCGAGCUCAUGCGGGACCGGACGGGAAGGAUGUUUGAGGCUGCAGGGAAGAUUGCAGAGAGGUAUGGCCGCUCUAUCUUGGGCGAGAAGAUAAGAGAAGUUGGUGAGAAGCGAAUGAAUGCCAUGGAGGAGGACUACUAG